AGCAAUGGGUUCUGAAAGCAGUUCCCUAACCAUUUAGGAAUGGUCUCUACUUAGGUGUAUCGAUGGUAAGAAUUGAGUCAUAGCAAUUUUUGUCAAGAAUUGAGUCAUAUCGAUGGUAAGAAUUAAGAUACCGUUCUUUCUAUUAUAUUAUAUCGAUUGGUCGGUCUGGGGACUUGGUUUUGGUCUGGGAAUCAAUGAAAAUAUAUUGCCCAAAGGAAGAAACGAGGCUGACCUUUGCGUGGAGCUGGCGGCGUGGAGCUGUGCGUGGAGCUGUCAAGAGGAAGAAACGUGCAGCUGUGCGUGGAGCUGUGCGUGGAGCCAGGGAAAUCGAUUGUGGCCUGGGGCUCGCCGACGUGAAGUGCGGCCUCGUGAAGGAGGAGAUGGAGCGGCCACCGACGACGGCGACUUCGACGGAAUCCCGAUUCAGAACCGGCGGCGGAGGCUGUUGGAGGAAUCGAUUGUGGGACUUGCUGGCCGGCUGCGGGAGUCGACGAACGACGAGCAGCAGCAAAGAAUUUGGGAAUUGGGAGAAUGAGCGGCUGCGGCUGGAGAAAUUAGAAUGGAUCAAUGGAAUGAGCUGAUGUUUCCUUUAGGGUUUUGAUAUGAUAAAUUAUAUUUUAGUCAUCUAUAUUUAUUUUAUUCACCCUUUAGGUCAUUAACAAUUUACAAACAGGUACUUGUAUUUUUAGCAUAUAACAAAUAAGGCUGACGGGUUGGGUAUGGGGCGGGGGCACCUAAAACCAUACCCGCCCCAUACCCAUCAGAUUCUUCGCGGGUUUUACCCAUACCCGCCCCAUACCCAGUCAAAGCGGGGAUUCCCCGCGUUGACUGGGUCGGAGGCGGUCGGGUACCCGCGGCGGUGGGUAUGAUUGCCAUCCCUAGUUGGAGGCACCGGCGGCAGGGAACGUGGCUGCACCAGUGCUGGCACCACCCCAGGUUCCGUUCGGAACCAUAAAGCGUACUCCAGCAGAGAUCGCACGACGUCGCAGAGAUGGACUAUGCAUCAACUGCGACGAGCGAUUCACGAUUGGACAUCGUUGCGCUGGUCAGGAGCUAUUUUUGAUGGUUGGCGAUUUCCCGGAUGACGGAUGAGAUUAACCUUGGGGACAAGGUUAUGCUGAAGGGGAGGAGAUUGUUGCGUAUAUGCAUAUACGCUUUUACCAUAUUUAUCUAAUUAUUGUUAUUUACGUUAUUGCCAUUAGUCGAUUAGGGUUAGAUAUCUAUAUAAACCCUUGUUAUGUCAUUCGGCCGAUUAUGUGAAGAAUAAACCCUAAAGUUAUUAGUUUUCUUUGUAGUUUAUCAUAGAAAUAGAUUAGAUAUCUACCACUCUCAUGCAUUGCAGCUUGCAACCGAAUGGGGGCUAACCCGUAUAGGUUUGUAAAGGACAUCUACAAGCUUGAAAUAGUGUUGGCUUGUUAUGGGACAAGUUUCACACCUCUUGGUGAACCUAAGGGUUGGAAGAAGCAUGAUGGCCCUACUCUCCAUCCUAAGUGCACAUGAUUAGGAAGCCGGAGAGACCACGAUCAACAAGAAUUCAUAACGAGAUGGAUUGACCAAGAGAGGGUGUAGCGCAACAAGUGUGUAGGAUCUUUAACCAAUCUAGAAAUGAUGCAUCAACUUGUGGUGGCCAAGCAAGUGGGAGUGGGAGCCAACGAAGAGGAAGUGGUGGCCAACGAUGUGCGAGAGGUGGUAAAAGAGGAAGUAGUGGUAAUAGGUUGAAUGGCAUCCUCGCUAUGAACUCAUAUCGAUGGUUCUAAAGAGCAAUCGACUCUCCGGAGGCGUGUACCAACUGAUGCCCACGCGAUGGCCCAUGUGUAUGCUGGCGAAAGAAAAACCUAACCUCGGCCUCACUAUGUGACGGAUGAGGGUCAUCCUGCCUCAUGCCAAACUGGCGGAGCACGCGGUUUGGAUGGUGUCACAUCACAGCUGAAAGUCAGAUCAGUGGAACUAAGGCUCGAAACGUCUCAAACUGGAUCACAAUACCUAUGAGAUGCUGUGCUCUCUCAACGUAAGGUUGCCACUACAGACAAAAAGUGGUCACAUGAUUACUCCUAAAUCUAAAACAAGCCAAUGAAAAAUAUUCUAUAAAACGAAAUGUUAUAU